AUGUACUUUCUAUGUGAUGACUGUUAUAAUUAUACUAUUACUGCUACUGUUGCUCCUCUUGCUUCUACUACUGCUCCUGUUGCUCCUCCUCUCGAUCAUGCUGCUGCUUCUGCUACUAUUGCUCCUAUUCCUAUUGCUAUUGCUACUAGUCCUGCUGCUUCUCCUGAUUCUGCUCCUGCUUCUGGGACAAAUACUACUACCAUUACUACUAUGACUAUUACUACUACCACCACCAUCCCCACCACCACCACCACUACUCCCACCACUACAACAACUACUGUUGUUGUUGCUCCUACUCCUGCUCCUGUAGGAGCUCUACCACCACAACCACUACUGAGGAUGACUUAA